CCGGUGCAGGCACCAGCAGGGCACUCUGGGCAGCUGGGAGGAGGCCCAUCUGGGCAAGCCUCCCCGGCAGCCCCUAGCCGGCCUGCCUGUUUCUCUUGCAGGUUUCUCCAAGUGCCUCCCUACUCCUGUUUGCUUCCCCAUCUCUCCAGGUUUCCGUCUUCCCAGUUCCCUUCUCGGGCUGGUGGCAGCGGGGGCUGUGUCUGGUGGGCCCCACGGAGAUGCUCAGUGUUCGGGAUCGCCGGGACGGGCCCCCCGCAGAAGGGGCAGCCGCGGGCCUCCAGGGCUUCGCCGUGGAUAAGACCUUCCUCUCCUCCGUCAAAGGCAUCCUGCUGGAAACCGAGCUGGCCCUGACCUUCGUCAUCUUCAUUUGCUUCACGGCCUCCAUCUCGGCCUACAUGGCCGCCGCGCUGCUGGAGUUCUUCAUUACGCUCGCCUUCCUCUUCCUCUACGCCACCCAGUACUACCUGCGCUUCGAUCGGCUGAACUGGCCCUGUCUGGACUUCCUGCGCUGUGUCAGUGCCAUCAUCAUCUUCCUGGUGGUCUCCUUCGCAGCUGUGACCUCCCGGGACGGAGCUGCCAUUGCUGCUUUUUACGUGAUGGCCACGGCUGGCGCCUUCGUUGUGUCAUCCCCGCUCCUACGCACCUGCUCCCACAGGUGUUUGGCAUCAUCCUGGUUUCCGUCUUUGCCUACGAUGCCUUCAAGAUCUACCGGACUGAGAUGGCUCCCGGGACCACCCAGGAGGACCAGCAGUGACCCUGAGCUACCUGGCUCCUAGGCCCAGCCAGAUAAAAGGAACAGUGCAACCCAGACACAUUUCCUUUGGAUUCACUAGCCCACAGCCCGCUGCCCCCCAGCCAGGCCUUCAGAGAUGCAGUCUGGCCUGAGAAGUCACCAGGGACUUGUCUGUGGGGCUCAGUGCUCUGAGAUCUGGCUCCCGGUGAAGCUCUACCAGGAAGGGGCUGUUGUGGGGAGCGGGGGAAGGAAGAAGCUGGUCAUUCCCAAAUUAAAAGAUUUGAAUCCUA